ACAGCAGAUAAAAUUUUCUUUUACAUAACAUAACUUAGGUAAUCUACAAAAGUAAUCGAUUGUGUUUAAUCAAAAUGUUCAAAUUACUAUUCCUGACUUUGUGUGUUUUAGUAGCUUAUUCAAAUGCUGAAUCUGUUACCGAAUGUAAAUUGACCAGUGGUCAAGUUGUAAAAGUAGGCGAAGAAGUUCCCGAAAUUGGAACAUGCAAUAUAGUCACUUGCCACAAAGAUGGAAGUAUUUCCGCCUUAACAUGUCCUGCAUUCAAAGUGGCACCGCCCUGUUAUACUAAAAAGGGAGACCCCACCAAAUUGUACCCGGAUUGUUGCGACUCGCCAAAAUGCCCUUAAUUGUGUA